AUGGGAAGAGGGAGAGUUGAACUAAAGAGGAUAGAGAACAAAAUUAACAGACAAGUCACUUUUGCUAAGAGAAGAAAUGGUGUACUCAAGAAGGCUUAUGAGCUUUCAAUCCUUUGUGAUGCUGAAGUUGCUCUCAUCAUCUUCUCCAACCGUGGCAAACUCUAUGAGUUCAGCAGCACCUCCUGUAUGAUGAAAACAUUGGAGAAAUACCACAAGUACAGAUACAAUGCACUAGAGACCAAUCAACCAGCCAAUGAUGCUGAGAAUUACCAGGAAUAUGUGAGAUUAAAAGCAAAUGUAGAGAUCUUACAACGUUCACAAAGGAACCUUCUUGGAGAAGAUAUUGCACAAAUGAAUACAAACGAGCUCCAACAGAUUGAGAAUCAAUUAGAGGCAGCACUUAAGAAUAUAAGAUCUACAAAGACUCAAUUCAUGCUUGAUCAACUAGCUGAUCUUCACAACCGGGAAACAGUGCUUGUUGAAACAAAUCAUGCAUUAAGAAGUAAGUUGGAAGAAAAUAACGACUCUAAUAUCCAUUUCACACGCUUUCAUCCUCAAUCAGAGGGAUUUUUUCACCCUGUGGGAGUGAAUUCCAACUUGCAAAUUGGAUACAAUAUGAUGGGUUCUUCUGAUGAUGCAAACGUUGGAGCUUCAUCCUUAAGUAUGAAUGGAUUCGCCACUGGCUGGAUGCUGUGA